UGCGCACCACUUCAGUGUGACUACAGCUAUUUCGUGCGAUCGUACAAAAUGACACUUUUUCAUUUUGGAAAUUGUGUGGCUCUUGCCUAUAUUCCAUACUUCAUAGUUUACAAGUGUUCAGGAUUGUCAGAAUACAGUGCAUUCUGGAAAUGUGUUCAAGCGGGGACAGCAUACCUCUUCACUCAGCUAUGCAAGAUGAUGAUCCUAGCAACAUUCUUUCCUACGUCAGAAGGUGGAGUCAACCAUUUAGACAUCAUGGGGGAAUUUAUGAAAUCAACAGUUGACCUUGGGGACCUGAUAGGGUUCUACUUCAUCCUGAACAGCAUCUCGGCGAAGGGAGAGCUGAAGUUCUUGGUAGCGGGAGUUGGAUGGGCCACGGCGGAGCUUAUCAUGACGAGGGUGGUUCCCAUGUGGGUCGGAGCUAGGGGAACCGAGUUUGACUGGAAGUAUAUACAACUCAGCCUGGAAUCUAAUGUCAAUCUGGUGCAGCACAUAUCGACAGCCGCUUUAGUAUGGCUUUGGAGUCGGCAUGAUCUAAACAAGUCUGUACAGCCUAUUGUAGUGACGUUACUGGCCCUAAGUUCCUACAAGCCUCUUGUUAUUGAGAUUUUGAUCCAUGCUGCAGGGCUUGGCUCCUGGACCCUUCUCGUUGCGAAGUCACUCUUUACAUUUAGUGUUGGUUUUGUAGCAUUACAGCUUUACGUUGGACUACAAGGAACAGCUAAUCAUUAUACUAAAUAAUUAGUUAAUCUAAGAUAUUCUUUGAUUGUAUAUUUUACUACAAAAGCAUUGAUAACAGACCUGCCAACCAGUACGUUCUUGGCGUAUUUAAUAUGCUUUUGCAACCAA